CGCGUCAGCAAAGCGUUGGAGUUACAGUCGCGUUGACUUAUAGUCGUCGUUAUAGCUCAAAUGCGGCAAUACUACCUGAUUCUAAUGGUUGCCUGAACGCCGUUGACCUGCCUCGUUGCAAUGCUGUCCUUCGUUCUAGUCUGCUGGUUGUUUGCACGUCAAGUAAUCAGACUAGUCCGACAACUGCCUCGGGGUGCAUCCCGCGGUAGCACCGAUGACGUCACUUUUUGUGCGGAAAAUGAUGCCAAGCGAGAGGCGACCAAUACGGAAAACACAGAGUGUGACUUUAAUCGGGAAUCCAACUGGUAUGCGACACAUCGCAAACAUCUGGUGUACACAACCAGUGAGAACAUCGAGGAGGAAGAAGAUGGUGACGGUGGCUGGUUGGGAGAUCACAACGACGAGCUCUACAAGACACAGACUCACUACUUCACGUUACCUGUUUGUGCUGAGAGCGAGCUGAUUGGAGGGUUAAAACAACGAUGGCUGCACGAGAACAGAGAGACAAUUGACGACAUCAGAGUCGAAGUUCGGACUGCAUUACAAUCGUCUCCCGAUCCGUACGACUUCAUUCUCGUUUUUGUCAGACGGACAUUCAAUGGAGCCAAACAGUUGAGUCGUGUGGCUUUGCUAGAGCUUCAAUCAUGGAGCAAAAUGUCGCCCAAAAAUCAUCAACGACUUACUUCGUCUCACAAAGAGACGGCCGUGUUUAUCGGCAUUGAUUGCCCUCCGAAGUUAUUCGAGUUGAUGCGUAACGUGUUUGAGUUGUUAGACGGUGAUCGAUCGGUUUAUGAGUCGUGUGUUCGGAGAGCAAUACAAUUGGGGAAAUUGAAGGAGGCAGCCACGUGUGUUGCUAUUCUACAAAUGCAGUCGCACUUCUCUGUUCAAGAGAUUUUGUUGCCUCUUGUUCUCAUUGACAAGCCAGCUGUUCUAGAGAGAUAUCUUGAAGGGCAGAGAAAUGUACAGACAUUGUUUCUCCAGAUGCUGGAUGAUCUGAGCAGCUCAAGUACAAACUUGCAAGAAGUUUGCAGGUCGGUACAAGUACCAAACACAAAAGUCACAAAAAAGCAACUGCAAAAGAUGACAAGCAGAAUGGCCCAGCUGUAUGGCAUAACUCUCGCUCAAUGUCCGAAUCUGUUGAUGUCGAAGAACGAGAAGCUGCUGAGAGGUUUCUUGUACUCAAAGUACGUUCAGAAGAAAGCGGGAAAUUGGGAUGAACUGAUGGAGGGAUGCGUUCGAGACUCACCUGACCUGCAACUGAAACUGGUUCGCGAGCUCUUUCAGCAUCACGACAUUCAAGCAGCCGCAAGAGUUGCUCAUAAAUUUCAACUAGCAACAUGCCAAUUGCCACGUGCAGUCCAAACUGAAUUGUGGCGAUACUCAAACUCUGAUGCAUGGCAGUGCAGAGAGGUUGAGCCAACGGGUGGCAGUUUGUUGAAGACUGUGGAUUUCUAUCAGUUGCCUUUGCCGUUCAGUUCGAUUCAUCUUGUUGAUAAUGUUUGUGGCUUUGAGUCGUGUAUGGCAGCUGUUUUGAAGCCGAAUAACGUGGUGGGAGUUGAUUCUGAGUGGAGACCUGCUGUGGGGAAAACGGGACAGAUGGAGUUGGGUCUUCUUCAGUUGGCCACAAAGACUGACGUGUUCUUGCUAGACAUGGCUGUCUUACCACAGCUUGUCCCAGAUGAGAUGUUCAUGACGUUUGCCGAGAGAUUCUUCUCAUCAGAUGAAGUCCUAACAUUGGGCUACGCCAUUGCCGGCGACCUUGAGGUACUAGCAUCGGCAUGUCCAUGCAUGCACGACUCUCUCACUCGGCCACAACGAGUCAUCGACCUCCUGUCAUUCUCACAAACCUUGGACCAACUAGAAGCAGCAGCAACAGAAGCAACAGAAGUAUCAUCAAUCGAUGAGCAAAUACAACCGAAUCAUACAGAAAACGUAGGGACAACAGUAAGAGGUCUAAGCAAACUAAUCCUGAAAUACCUGGGGAAACCUCUCGAUAAGAGCAACCAGAUAAGCGACUGGGGAAUGAGGCCACUGAGGCAUGACCAGAUUGUCUAUGCAGCACUGGAUGCGUAUUGCUUGUUGAAUGUGUAUGAAGUGAUGAAGAAACAAGCGAUACGACUGGCCGAUAUGCUACGGGUUGAGAUAGACGUGGAGCCGGAGCUGCCGCGGAUGAAAUGGGUACAACCGAAGCGAGCUAAUACACUCCACGUAUCACCACCGAAGUCAAUCAACAAUCCUCCUGCUCGUUUGGGUCGUCCACUAGCUCCAACUCAAUUCCAUGUUGUUGUUGACUCGAUGCUCUAUGGGCUUGGGCGGCAGCUACAAUGUUGUGGUGUCAACGUCCGAAUGCUCACACACAGUGAAAACCAUUUACAGGCAGCAAAGAUUAGCCGAGUGGAGAAUCGUAUCAUUCUAACGUCUGGUGCUCCGUUCUGUGCUCUGCGGUUGCAGGUUGCUGUUGGGUCUUGUUAUUGUGUCGUGUCUAGGAAGGCUCGCGAUCAGGUGGUCGAAGUUCUCAGGCACUUUAAUGUUAGAGUGACUGAGAAGGAUAUUUUUAGUCGAUGUCAGGUGUGCAACAGUGAUGUCCACGUUCGAGUAGCGGCAAAAGACAUAGCAAGACUACUCACACUCCAUCACACACACAACCUCAACAAAGCAACCGACAUGCAGCACAACCAGACAGAACCCAACAGCAGCCACCACAGACGAGAUUUAUUUCCUGGUGAGAAAAUUUCAACCAUUCAAUUGGGGCAUGGGUUAACAGUGAGGGAUGGGGCUGCAUUCAUCGAUGCCACUGGGACACGAAUGUUGUUGGACACGAUUCCCAUCUCAAUGACUGGAAACAUCCGCUGGUUUUUCUGCUGCAUGAAAUGUGGAAAAGUGUUCUGGCAAGGCAAGCAUUUUGAGCAGAUAAGAGAACAGUUUAGUCACGUGUUGUUAUGAGAUAUGAGAUAUGAGAUUGAUAUUUUGGCAGUCGGUAGGUUGUUGCUCAGUUGAGCUGGUAAACUAAAACACGAAUGUGUUAUGAUGUUCUUAA